GAGCAGCCGCGCGGGUAUUGGCUGGAAUUUGUUUUCUAAGAGGCGCUUUUCGACAGCCUCCUGUCUGCAUGUUCGGAAGCAGCUUGCAGUGUUUUGGGGAAAAGCAAAGGGGGGGGGAAAAGAAAAGAAGAAGCCUGUGGAGCUAACUGGUUGUGCGUGUUUUUUCCCCCCUUUAUUUUUUAUUUUUAAAAAAUUAAUUUCAAGAAGAGAGCGCCAAAUGAAUGAAAUGAACGAAGAAGCAAAAUACCUGCGCUGGAAAUGCUUCAUUAUUUACUUAUUUUUUGAAUUAUUGUGUUGUUUUUUUGUGGCCAAGCCACACACUGGUGCAUUGAGUGAGCUGUGAGGUCUGCUCUCAUCUAUCUGCAUUGAGGGAGGGGGAAAAAAAGAAAACGAAAAAAAGGGACGGAAUAAUAAUAAAAAAGGUCGAAUAAAAAUGCGGCGCUGAUCUUGAAUGAAAACCCGUCGGAACCCCCUGACGAAAACUAGUCGCUGCUCCUCUCCUCUUCUUUCAUUUCAUUUCCUGCUGGAUUCCUUCCUUCCUUUUUUUUUUUUUAAAUCGCGCGUGCAUUCCUCUUCCUCUUCGUGCUUUAUAUAUUUAUUUAUUUAUUUAUUUAUUUAUUUUUUGGUCAUGCCUUUUGUCUUUUUAUUCGGAAACGUUGCGCGGAGCCAUUUCACGAUGAGGCUCGACUAAUUCCCUCUCUGGCACACACACAUACACACACAGAGGAGUUUAAAAAUGAGGAAGCAUUUUUUAAAAGAUACUGAAAAGAUCCAGGCCUCGUCGUUAGUAGGGCCCGGUUUGCCUGAGAAAAAGAGGAAUGGAGUAAAAACCGAAUAAAGAAAGAAAGAAAGAAAGAGGGAAAAAAUGGACCACGCGUACGGGCGAACACGGACAGCACCAACAACGACGCCGGUGUGUGUGUGCGCGCGCGCGCACGCGCGAGUUUCCCCAUCGAACCGAACAAAAUGAAGCACUUCGACACUUGAACGUCGGUUUAUUGUGUUUCAAGAAAAACAAAUAAUAAUAAUACACCCAUUUUUUUUGUUUGGUUGAAGACGCCGUUCCGUGCCAACUCCCUGAGUUUUGUUUUAAUGAUCUGUUUUUUUCCUUCUUCUUUUUUAAUUGAAUCUUUUUUUGAUCCGGAUCCAGCGUUCAUAUUGUUCAAUGGAAGUAUGUUAUCAGUUACCGGUGUUGCCUCUGGACAGGCCGGUUCCCAAACAUGUGCUGAGCCGGAGAGGAGCGAUCAGCUUCAGCUCCAGCUCCUCUCUGUUCGGCGCUCCGGACCCGCGGCAGCUGGCGCAGAGACGUGGCGCAAUCUCCUACGACAGUUCUGAUCAAACUGCUCUGUAUAUUCGUAUGCUAGGGGCUUGUGUAAUAUUCAAACAGCUGUUUUCAAGAGAUGUGAGAGUGAGGAGCCAGGUAGGAUUUGAACCCGAACGAAGAGGCUCGCACCCAUACCUGGGUGUCGAUUUCCGCACCUUACACUCCCGUGCCGAGUCUGCGGGAUCGAUUCCAGCCCGGAGGAUCCGCAGGCUUUUCAGUUUCCAGCGUCACCUCCUGUCAUCUCGGUUAUUGCGGGGUGUUCCGCACCAGAACCCCUUGCACAUCCUGGAUGAAGAUUACUGCGGACAAGCCAGGUGUAUGUUAGAAAAGGUUGGAAGCUGGAAUUUUGAUAUUUUCUUCUUCGACAGGCUGACGAACGGAAACAGUCUCAUCUACUUGACCUUAUAUCUGCUAAAUCAUUACGGCUUAAUUGAGCUCUUCCAGUUAGACAUGGUUAAAGUACGACGCUUUUUAGUUCUGGUUCAGGAGGAUUAUCACAAUCAUAACCCGUACCAUAACUCGGUCCAUGCUGCUGACGUGACCCAGGCCAUGCACUGUUACCUGAAGGAGCCCAAGCUUGCCAAGUCCCUUACUUCCUGUGAUAUCCUCUUGGGCUUGCUGGCAGCAGCCACUCAUGACCUGGACCACCCUGGGGUCAAUCAGCCUUUCCUCAUCAAAACCAACCAUUACUUAGCCUCUUUGUACAGGAAUACCUCAGUUCUGGAGAACCAUCACUGGAGGUCGGCAGUGGGUUUGCUACGAGAGACCGAGCUCUUCUCGCAUCUUCCCGCAGAGGACAGUGUGAACAUGGAGAGGCAGUUGGGGUCUCUGAUUCUGGCCACAGAUAUCAGCAGGCAGAACGAAUACCUGGCCAGGUUCAGGACACACCUGGACCAGGAGGAGCUGUGUCUGGGAAAUGCCUCUCACCGCCACUUCAUCCUGCAGAUGGCCCUGAAGUGUGCAGACAUCUGUAACCCGUGUAGGCCUUGGGAACUCAGCAAGCAGUGGAGUGAAAAGGUGACUGAAGAAUUCUUCCACCAAGGAGAUAUCGAGAAAAAGCACAAACUUGAAGUGAGCCCGCUGUGUGACAGCAGCACGAACUCCAUAGCUGAUGUUCAGAUAGGUUUCAUGACGUACGUCGUGGAGCCGCUGUUCGCCGAGUGGGCUCGUUUCUCGGACACGCGGCUCUCUCAGACCAUGCUGGGUCACCUGUGCCUGAACAAAGCCAGCUGGAAGGCCCUGCAGCCCGAGGAGGCCGAGUUUGAGCAGGACGGCGGCUCCAGAGCCUUACCUCAGGGAAGCGUCGAGUCCUGACACUGCCUCGCCCGGCCCCCGCCCCGGCCUCAAGCUUCAAUCACUUCUGAUUUGCUCACCUCAAACCAACCACUGAUUUAUUUAAUUUAUUUAAUUUUAACAGCCUUUUAUUUUUCACUUUGACAUAGAGCAAUACAUGGAUACCUCAUUCAGCUACUGCUGCGAUUUUCAUUCUUACACUUUUUUUAGUUUUUUUUUUUUUUUUUUUAGUUUAUUUUUUUUUAAUGUCAUAUUUUAUUUAUUUAAAUUUUUGAGGGUUUUUUUUCCUGUCUUGUUUUCAUCCCGGGGGGAGCAUUGCUAACUGCUAAUCGAACUCGGCUGGGGACUGGGAAAACGCUGAACCUGACGGAUCCCUUCUGCUGGGUCAAAAGUGCCAUUUCUUUCCCACCCCUUAUGGAAUCACUCAAACACCGAGAGUAUUCACGCGACAAGUUUUUAAACGACUGCGCCAAGCAACGGUGUGUGUGUGUCUGUGUGUGUGAGAGAGAGUGUGUGUAAGUGUGCAUGUGUCGGUGCAUUUUGCAAACGAAUCUUCCUUCUUGUGUACAAAACUGAAAGAGAAAAAAAAGACAAAUGUGAAGAGCCCAGUCAUUUGCUGCCUCUAUGAAGACUGUUUACAGAUUGUCUUUUUUUGUUGUCAUUGUUAUAAAUGAAUCAUGUUGGUUCUGUGAUUUUUUUUUUUUUUUCUUCUCUUUUUCCUUUUGCUUUUAAGCACAGAUGUGAAGAACCACUUUUACAUGUUUUGAACUGUUGUGUUACUGCUGAUGUACUGAACAAAAAAACAAAAAGGAAAAAAAAACCCAUCCAAGGGACUGCACUUGAGUCAGUCUGAAACGCCAGAUGCCAUACAAGCGCCUUGUGCUCUGUUGUGAAAUUUUCUCCCUGUACUCCUGAUUCUGGUGCCACAUGAUUCGGACAUGCAGCUGCUUCUGCUGUGAGAAGACCAGGGACCAGCUUUCCUCCCUUCCCUCCUGAUCCUGCCUUUCCCUUCCAGCACUCCAACCAUUCAUCCUCUAUUCCCCUCUUUCUUAUUGCCACCGAUCCUCCAUUUCUACUCAUCCUCCCUUUCACUUUCAUUACUCCGCCCUGUCUGUCCUCCAUUUCCCCUGCUUUACUUGUGACUCUCUAUUUCCCCUCCAUCACUCCACCCUCUGACCCUCACUUUCCCCACAAUCACCCCACCCACUUGUCUUCCCUUUAACCUACUCAUUCCACCCUCUGACCCUCCCUUUCCCUCCAUUACUCCACCCUCUGACCCUCCCUUUCCCCAUCACUCCACCCUCUGUCACUCCCUUCCCCCCAUCACUCCACCCUCUAACACUCCCUUUCCCUGUCACUCCGCCCUCUGACCCUUCCUUUCUCCUCAGUCACUCCACCCACUUAUCCUCCUGAGCCCUGGAUCGAGCCUCGUGCCGCACAGGACAUGUAGCUGACUGGAAUCUCCACGGAUCUCGCUCAGGGUCUCGCAAACCUGCUCAUCACGCCACUGGCAAGAAAGAGGAAGCGAAAGGUGCCUUUUAUAGGUCGCUGUCCUCUCCCCCGCCGUCUGGUAACUGCAGACAACACAUGUAGAUCUAGACUCCCUUUCAGAAUGCGUCUCAGCCACAGUCGAGCUCUCCAUCCGGAAGACUGCUUCAAAAUGAUGCCUUAAAACUAUGCACAAAGCUAAGUGACCAAACCAGCUUGUAUUUACAUUAAAGCGCAUCAUCACGUCCGUUUCAUUCUCGUCCAGCCCUUUGCCUUCCGUCAUGGGAGAAUAAAAAAAAAAAAAAAAAAAAAAUUAAUAUAUGGUGGAUAAAUUGAUUCAAUAAUUUGUUGUUUUUUUUUAACAUUGAACAUUCCAUUUUUGUUUAUUUUACCCUGUACAGAUCGUGCAGUUGUUGUGUUUUUUUUUUGGCGCGUCUCUUUCCAGUUUGAAAGAGAGCAGGUGCUUUUUUUUUUUUCUUUUUGGUCUUAUUUUAGCUGAUUUGUAUUUUUGUUGUAAGUGCUGUAAGACUGUUUCAAAAAAACUGUUUACAAUUUGUUGUAACAGCCAUUUUGGGGAGAAGACUUACAUGUCAAGCCAUUUUGUAAAGGCUUUGUCGUACAGACUUUUUGAUACAUGCUUGUUGCAGUUGCAUUUUUGAUGAAUAAAAAUUGUUGACAUGAUGUUUCAUGGUACAUAAUGACAAGA